UGCCUCAGAGCUAUCUCCAGGUCAAACAGGAGCCUAGCAGCCAGAGGGAGUGAGGACAAGCUGGCCACACACACCGGGACGUCUCGACAAGGACCCGGGACUGCAGGACUGCCUUGAUAGCUGCCGCGGCGGUGGCGCCAGCGCCAGAGGACUGACUCGGAGGACUCCGCGCCACCCGCCCUCGGUGCACUCUGCGUCCAGUGCGGAGCUGCGGCAGCACUCACUCAGCACCUCUCACAGUCGCUGCAGCCCAGACGCGCGCCUGGAACCCGGAGCUCCCCCAAGCUGAGGGUCGGAGCCGAGACAGCGGCUGUGAAACCGUGAGACAAUCAGAGACUUGGGACCUCUCUCUUGCUGGCAACAGCGAUAAACAGGGAAAGCUUGAAGGGCGCAGGCACGGAGCUGUGCAGCUCCGAGGGCAGAGGUCCACCGCGGCGUGGCAAAGGCAGACGAGCACCUAGGAGAGUGAGCGGAGGGUCCCGGGAUCUGUGCUUUCCCCUCUGGUCGGAAGGCACAGACUCUCCAGGUCAGUUGCUUGCAGGGCGGGAGGAGAGCUCCAUGGAAGCGCUGGCUAGCUCAGGUCAGCGCGAGGCCAAGUGAGGAGGUCCUACUGGGGUCGCUAGGACCCGCGGGCCAUGUACGGAGACGUGUUCAACGCCACGGGCGGCCCCGAGGCAGCGGUCGGUGGUGCUCUGGCUCCUGGUGCCACCGUCAAGGCAGAGGGCGCUUUGCCUCUGGAGCUGGCCACUGCGCGCGGUAUGCGGGAUGGCACGGCCACAAAACCUGACCUGCCCACCUACCUGCUGCUCUUCUUCCUGCUGCUGCUUUCCGUGGCGCUCGUCGUCCUCUUCAUCGGCUGCCAGCUGCGCCACUCGGCCUUCGCCGCGCUGCCCCACGACCGUUCGCUGCGCGACGCCCGUGCUCCCUGGAAGACGCGGCCGGUGUAGCUUUGAACUAAGCCAAGGCCGCCGGGUGCCGCGUCCUGGCCUCCCCAAGACACUCCAGCAUGAACCGGGCAGAGCGGGAUUGACAUCGGAGGUUGCUGGUCCCUGGAAACACUUUGCUCAGACCUUUUCCCAACGAAAGUAAAAAGGAGACGUUGGGAGGCUGCACAGGAUCCUUAGCCCAGUACUUGAAAGGGUGUCUUUCUUCCCCUAAACAGAGGGUCCAGUCGGGGAACCAUCCUGAAAGACAGUGUGCCACCUGGGCUCAGAAGCCUUGCCUGCCACGGGUUGAAUUCCUUACUUUGCCACAGAAGGAGCAGGAACCGCCAGAGCACAGCUAGCCAGGAGCUGCCGGUCCCGACUCCCUGGCCCUGUGGCUGUCUCCCCAAAGAUGCUACCGCCUUUCUUGCUCCUUGGCACUGAGGAUGCCACUAGGAUCCUAGCGUGAACUCAGCUGGACCUUGGAAUGAUGUUCAUAGAGGACCGCGUCCCCUUAGGGAAAUGACACCACGCCCGAGUUUCAGUGGGUCCCGCCUAAAGUCUAAAUAGCCAAUUCCUUCUGCGGGCAGAGAUGGAGAGGGGUUCGGUGGAGAGGUGCAGUCUCACUUGCAGGGCGCGGCUGUGGGGAUCAGCAUCUCACAUCUCCAUGAGCCACAUUUCUACAAUAAAAACUCACCGAAUUAGAUCCAAGCUCUGAGAACACUCUGGUUAUUGGUUGCGCCGCUAUGGGAAAGGGAAUAAGGGCUGGUCCAUCGGAGCAGGAAGAGACCCAAGUUUGAUCCGCCUUCCCGGCCGCUGUGGCCCAGGUCAGUUUAAUGAUAACCUCCUCCUCCUCUCUAGCUUUCCCCAGUUACUUGCUCUGGGGGGUUUUUUCAGAACGGUCUCUAGGGAAAAUUGCUGCCUGACCUGCUGAAUAAAUUCUUGUUAACAGGACUCCCUGGAGACUCUCUGCGGGCAGUUCCUUCCACCCGCUGUCCUCCCCUUUGCUCCCUGGACCUGAAGCCUCCCAAAGAGCCUCCCUGGACCUGAAGUCUCCCAAGAGCCAUCCUGAGCCAGAAAGGCUUAAAGGUCAGGUAGAGAGGGCAGCGUUCUGCCACUUCCUCCCGUGUAGAUAGGAACUUGCCCUGGAGAACCCCACAGGAAAGAAAUGAUGACUAAACCCCUCCAGGAGAAAGAAUUUCAAAGAAUCUAAAGGGAAUAGAGAACUUUGUGAAAACCUUGACCAGUUUCAAAGUUAGCCUUAUUCUAAGGAGUCUUUCUUUUUAUUAAGUAUUUUGGGGAGUCAUCUGGCUCAAUGUGACACUAGAACUUAGAGAAGUUUUGACUGAAAAAAAUGACAGAUUAUCUAAUUCAGUAAUUCAAAAACAUUUAGGGUCACUGGACUUUGAGAAUUGGAACAAGAUAAGGACUCUUGUCCCUGGCCAGAUGCAUAUAGCCAUGCAAUUCUGCAACAUUUAUAAGGGUUGUCAGACAUUGAAACAUUCUGAAGGCCAAGCUUGGGGUGCAGAAAAGACUAGCCAGGGCUCCCAUCACCACUUCUCAGUACAAAAUUCUCCCCGGGUUCCUAUUCUGGGAAGCAAUGGAGAAGUGUAAUAGAAACCAAGAACCCCAAUUCUGCGGUCAUCUUACAGAGCAUCAUAGCUUAGUCUUUGGAACCAUAUCCAAAUUUCUCCAGUCUACAGUAAGGGUGACCCAGUUCAUUUGCACCAACUUUGGUUGCAGAGAGGACUAGAUGGGAAAAAAAUGUACAAAAUACAAUCCCCUGGCUGGUGUACCAAAAGCACAUGCUGUUGAUCUGGGGGAUCCUUCAGCCUUGAUCUGGGAUUAUGAGAGGUAGAAGACUAAUGUAUGAACAGGACUUUCUUCCACCAUAUCGAAGACUUAAAGGUAGUAUGAAAGAUGGUCAGAAGACAAGCUCUAGAGUCUAACCGUCUAGCUUUAGAUUCCAGCUUCACCUCCGAAUAGCUACGUGACCUUGAGCAAAUUAUUUAACCUGAGCUUGUUUCCUCAACUGUGAAAUGGAUAUUAUACUAUUUAGUUCUACAGGGUUGAAUAUUAAGCAGUAUGACCAAUAUGACAUGCUAGCACAAUGCUUGUGCAAAGUGACCACCCAAGUGUAAGCUAUCGUUAUAAUUGAGCUGCAGACUUGAGGCAGCACUACUGAUGGGAAAAGCUGAACCCCAAACAUGAUGCAGUCUCACAAAAGUCCACUGCCUUUUGUGACCACAAACAAAUGCAAGAGCUGGUCCUUUCAUGGGAGAAAGGUUUCAGUGGCUUAGAAAUCCCUUUUAGUUCCUAGACCAUUAUCAGCUAGAAUCAGAGUGAUCCAGGAGACUCUUGGAAUCCCUUAAAGUAAACCAAAAA